GAAAACCCUAACAUCACUUCACGCUAGCAGCAAGAAAUCUCUAGUAGCAUUGCCGCAUUGGUAUACCUGUUGAUUGAAGAUCGAAAAUGUCGAUUGGAGAACUAGCGUGUACCUAUGCUGCAUUGAUCCUCCACGACGAUGGAAUCCCCGUUACUGCGGAGAAGAUUGCUGCACUUGUGAAGUCGGCUAAUGUCACCGUGGAGUCGUACUGGCCUAGCCUCUUCGCCAAGCUCUGUGAGAAGAGGAACAUUGAGGAUCUCAUCAUGAACGUCGGCGCCGGUGGUGGAGGCGGCGCUGUUGCCGUUGCUGCUCCUGCCGCCGGUGGUGCUGCCCCUGCCGCAGCCGCACCAGCUGCUGAGGAAAAGAAGGAAGAACCUAAGGAAGAGAGUGAUGAUGACAUGGGAUUCAGCUUGUUCGAUUAGGAGGUGCACUAGUAUUGUUACAAGGAUAAUAGUGGAUACUAGUUUCUUGUUUAUGCUUAAACAUUUCUGAGUUAUACUAUCAAAACUGGUUUUGUUUUUAUCGAUUGCUGUUUCUAUCUCCUCUUUGCAACUCAAUCAAAAUUGAUUGAUUUCUGCUAAUGAGUUCUUGGCCAAUCUUGAAUUGUUCCUUUUGUUUCA